UCCCCGGAACCCUUGACAGAAGUGCUCUAUUUGCCACGCAGAUCGGACGUUUUUGACUCGCAGAUAGAUUUCGGUUCGCUACGGUGCGAUUUGAAGUGAGAAGACUGAGUAAUUGGAAAAAAUAUCCAAUUUGAAUAUUCCAAAAGUGAUACUUGUGAUUCCAUUUGUUGUGUAAUAAUGCCACGCAAGAAGCGCGCCUCCAGCCCCAUGGAUCUUUUUGACGACGAUUUCGAUGAGGAUGCCAGCUCCCAAAGCUCACAGCCGCCUGUGCAGCGGAAUGCGGCCAAUGCCCGGGAGCGAAUGCGGAUGCGGGUGCUAUCCAGUGCCUACGGACGUCUGAAGACCAAGCUGCCUAACAUUCCGCCGGACACGAAGCUCUCCAAGUUGGACACGUUGCGUUUGGCCACGCUCUACAUCAAGCAGCUAAUUACGGCAGUCGAGACUGGGAGCAAUGGCAGCCACAGUCACACCCACAGCCACUCCCACUCGCACAACCACCCGCACAACCACAGCCACCACCUGAACCACAGCCACUCGAGCACCACCAGCUCCGAGGGCCUGGACACGAGUCACAUGGCGGAGGGAUCCGGAGCAGGCAAUUACCAUUUCCACAACAACGGACACGGCAUGAGCUGGCCCUUUGAGUUCCACCAGAGCAGUCGUGGCCUGGCCUUUGCCUCGACGUGCUCUUCAACCACCUCCUCCGCUCGCAUGGAUUGGCAAUCACUGCAUCCGCAGUCGUAUCCAAAAUCACGGGGCGAUGCCCAUGUUCCAGCGGAUCUCAGUUACCAUCAGGCGCCGGAGUCCCACAGUCACUGGUAUCCGGCGGAAGUGCAUCAAGUAGAGCCAACGACCAGCUGCUCCUAUGAAACCGGAAUGGUACAGCAUCAACGGGGGAUAGCCAUUGCCACCAGUCACGCCCAUGGCAUUUAAAUGGAUAUACAAUAUGCAAUCUUAAAUGUUGUUCUCACCCAAGCCUAAUGUAAUUUACCUCCUAGUAAGUGUAUUAAAACGUGAUUUACCUUUACAUGUAUUCGUAUGUGCAAGCCUGAACCUGUUGCUAUAAGGCCAAAGAUUGGUGUUACCUCAUGAUCUUCUUACUAGCAAAUAUAUCAAUGUUUUAACGGAUAA